AAAAAUAAUCUAAAGUUUUGUUGAUGAAGGUUAAAUGUUUUUUUUCGUUUCGUUAUAAUAAGGAUUAUCCAGAAUGCAAUAUUCCUUUGUUUACUUCCGGUAAUGAAACCUAAAACCAAACACAAAGGAAAAUGGCAGCAAAGCAGAUACAUGAUCCAGAAAAAGACGAAAACAUUUGUAAUAUUGAAGGUGAAGAUGAUAAUAGUUGCAUUGUUGAAGAUGGUGCUUUCAUGGAAACCCAAUGUGAGGAACAAAUGGAGUUUCAUUUUGAUCAGGACUUGGGAAAGGAAAUUGAAAGAGAAGAGAGCUCUCAACCAAAAAAGCAACGGAAGAUUGACAAUAUGGGAAGAGUCAGACCUAGUACAUACUCCAAAACUAGUCCCAAAAAAGUACCUCAGAACACCCAAGCUACUGGAGCAGAUUUUACUGGAGACAAUUGUCAACCAAACAUCGAAGUUUCAGAUCAAGAUGAUUCUUCAAAUUCAACCAACCAAAAAUCAUUUCAUGACAUUAUAAGUGAAAUAAUGGAGAACCAAAUAUCUACAGAAAAUGAUGUAGAAGAUGAUUUUUCUUUUGAGGAUUUGAUUCCUGAUGAUGAAAAUGAAACAAUUGCAGAAAAUGAAGAUGACCUGUUAUUUACGGAACAAGAAGAUAUGGAGAGUUACACAAGUAACUUGAUUCAGAAUGAGGCUACCAUUUAUCCUGGACACUCAAUGAGUAUACACCACAGCAUGGUUUUGAUUCUUUUAUAUGCUAUUUGUCACUCUAUAAGUGGGGCUCAGUUAGCAGACACUCUAACACUCAUCAGUCUUCAUUGUCUACACACACAUCCAGGAUUGAAAAGCAUAUACAUGUUUAAAAGCUACUUUGCCGACAUGCAGUCUCCAUUGAAAAAGCAUUAUUUUUGCAAAAAAUGUAUGACAAAUAUUAAAGAAGAUGACAAAGUCUGCCCAUCCGAAAACUGUGGAAGGACGUUCAGUGGUGCCAAAAACAAGGACUAUUUUAUAGAAAUACCCUUGGAAGAACAGCUGAAGAAAAUUAUGCAAAGACCCGGGAUACUGAAAGCUAUUCAGUCUAGAUUUUCUAGGAAGAAAAAACAGGUAGAUGGUAUUGAAGAUAUCUAUGAUGGCAAAAUGUACAGGAAAUUAUUUGAAUCGGGAGGUCCACUGUCCCCAGAAAAUCCAUAUAAUAUUUCCUUUUCUUGGAACACAGAUGGAAUUCCAGUUUUCAAGAGUUCAAAGUUUUCUUUGUGGCCAUUUUACUUAAUUAUAAAUGAACUCCCGUACAGACAAAGAAUGAAGAAAGAAAACAUGAUCCUGUGUGGACUUUGGUUUGGAGAAUCAAAACCUUUUAUGAGCCUUUUUACAAAGCCACUAAUGAAGUCACUCAAAAUGCUUGAAACAAAUGGAAUUGAAUAUGAAGUAGAUAAUGAACAAAUCUUGACUAAAGCAUUCCUAAUUUGUGGAACUGCAGAUCUUCCAGCCAAGAGUCUGGUAUUGAAUUGCAACCAGUUUAAUGGACAGUUUAGCUGCCUAAAAUGUCUACAUCCAGGAGAAACAUACAAGACUCAAAAAGGAGGAAGCGUUCAUACAUUUUCAUAUAAUGCCUCUUUACCAAUGCAUGAAUCGAGAACCUCUGAAAACUGCCUUCGUGAUGCUAUUCUAGCAACCGAAAACCGGAAAACAAUAAAUGGAAUUAAAGGUCCAUCAUUUCUAAUGACUCUAAUGUCAUAUGACUUUGUAAACUCGACAUCUAUUGACUACAUGCAUGGUGUACUUCUUGGCAUUACAAAACUGCUUACAAAAUUAUGGAUCAGUACUACUCACA